AUGGGGAAAGGAGGGGAAAAUUUUGGGAAAAGAGAGAAUUUAGGGGAAAAACGAUCAUCUGAUCGGGAGGUUUUCGCGGCGUGGUCAAAAGAUGUGAGAGAGUGUGAAGAGAAGUUUCAGGUGAAUAAAGAUUUUGGAUUGUCGAGCGAUAACGUUGAAAAGUUAAGGAAGAUCUAUGGAUGGAAUGAGUUGGAGAAGCAUGAAGGGCAGUCAAUUUUGCGGUUGAUUUUGGACCAGUUUAACGAUACUUUAGUUAGAAUUUUGCUCGUGGCUGCAGUGGUUUCGUUUGUCUUGGCUCUGUAUGAUGGUGAUGAAGGUGGUGAAAUGGAAAUUACAGCGUUUGUUGAGCCAUUAGUCAUAUUCUUGAUCUUGAUUGUGAAUGCAAUAGUUGGGGUUUGGCAAGAGAACAAUGCAGAGAAAGCAUUGGAGGCACUUAAAGAGAUUCAAUCAGAGCAAGCGACUGUGAUUCGUGAUGGGCAAAAGCUAUCCCAUUUUCCUUCAAAAGAUAUUGUUCCGGGGGACAUCGUUGAGCUGAGGGUUGGGGAUAAAGUGCCAGCAGAUAUGAGGGUCUUAAAAUUGAUUGGCCCAACUCUUCGAGUUGAGCAGGGGUCAUUAACUGGAGAGAGUGAAGCUGUUAGUAAGACGGUGAAGGCUGUUGCGGAGGAUGUGGAUAUUCAGGGGAAGAAAUGUAUGGUGUUUGCAGGGACGACUGUUGUGUAUGGUCACUGUAUCUGUUUGGUUACUCAGACCGGUAUGAAUACGGAGAUAGGCCUGGUGCAUUUGCAGAUUCAUGAGGCUUCUCAGAGUGAGGAAGAUACGCCUUUGAAGAAGAAGUUGAAUGAGUUUGGGGAGGUUUUAACUGCUAUAAUUAUGGCGGUCUGUGCAUUGGUUUGGCUUAUUAACGUGAAAUACUUUCUCACUUGGGAGAGUGUUGAUGGUUGGCCAAGGAAUUUCAGGUUCUCAUUCGAGAAGUGCACUUAUUAUUUUGAGAUUGCUAUUGCAUUGGCAGUUGCUGCCAUUCCAGAAGGUCUGCCAGCAGUUAUCACGACGUGCUUGGCACUUGGCACACGCAAGAUGGCUCAGAAGAAUGCACUUGUUCGCAAGUUGCCCAGUGUUGAGACUCUUGGUUGUACAACGGUUAUUUGUUCUGAUAAAACGGGUACUCUCACGACCAAUCAGAUGGCAGUUUCUAAGCUUGUUGCUAUGGGUCCUAGGACAAACACUAUUCGAUCAUUCAAUGUGGGAGGGAUCACGUAUAAUCCUUUUGAUGGAAAAAUACAAGACUGGCCGCUAGGUCAAAUGGAUACCAACCUUCAAAUGAUUGCCAAGAUUGCUGCUGUGUGCAAUGAUGCAGGCAUUCAACAAUCCGGCCAGCAUUAUGUUGCCAGUGGACUACCGACUGAGGCAGCAUUGAAGGUUCUGGUUGAGAAAAUGGGACUUCCAGAUGGACUGAAUUCUGGUUCAUCUUCUGGUUACGUCGACACACUGCGCUGUUGCCAAACAUGGAAUAAAAUUGAACAACGGAUUGCAACUCUUGAGUUUGAUCGUGAUAGGAAAUCCAUGGGAGUCAUUGCAAAUUCCAGCUCCGGGAGAAAGUCAUUGUUUGUGAAGGGUGCAGUAGAAAAUGUGUUGGAAAGAAGCUCCUUUGUUCAAUUGCUUGAUGGCUCUGUUGUAGAACUGGAUCAAAGUUUUAGGGAUCUUAUCUUACAAAGCCUUAAUGAAAUGUCAACAAGUGCAUUGCGUGUUCUAGGGUUUGCAUACAAGGAGGACAUUCCAGAAUUUGAUACAUAUAAUGGUGACGAAGACCAUCCAGCUCACCAGCUUUUACUUAAUCCAGAUCGCUAUUCUUCAAUUGAGAGCAAACUAAUCUUUGUUGGCUUGGCUGGGCUAAGAGAUCCUCCCCGGAAAGAGGUUCGCCAAGCAAUUGAGGACUGCAUAGCAGCGGGCAUUCGAGUGAUGGUUAUUACAGGAGAUAACAAGAAUACAGCAGAAGCUAUUUGUCGUGAAAUAGGCAUAUUUGGGCCAAAUGAGGAUAUCAGUUCAAGAAGUCUGACAGGAAGAGAUUUUAUGGAUUAUCACGACCAAAUAAGUCAUUUAAGGCAAAGCGGAGGGCUCCUCUUUUCUAGGGCUGAACCAAGGCAUAAACAGGAGAUAGUGAGGCUGCUUAAAGCAGACGGUGAAGUGGUUGCAAUGACUGGGGAUGGGGUGAAUGAUGCACCUGCUUUGAAAUUGGCUGAUAUCGGGAUUGCAAUGGGAAUUGCUGGGACUGAGGUGGCAAAAGAAGCUUCUGAUAUGGUCUUAGCAGAUGAUAAUUUUGGCACAAUUGUUGCUGCUGUUGGCGAAGGGAGAUCUAUUUACAAUAAUAUGAAAGCCUUCAUCAGGUACAUGAUUUCCUCAAACAUCGGUGAGGUUGCCUCUAUAUUUCUGACAGCUGCUUUGGGUAUUCCAGAGGGUCUGAUUCCUGUUCAGCUUCUGUGGGUCAAUCUGGUGACGGAUGGACCUCCAGCAACAGCUUUGGGAUUUAAUCCACCCGACAAGGAUGUAAUGAAGAAGCCUCCCCGAAGAAGUGAUGAUUCAUUGAUCAGUGCAUGGAUUUUAUUCCGCUAUCUGGUAAUUGGACUCUAUGUUGGUAUAGCAACUGUGGGAGUAUUCAUCAUAUGGUAUACUCACAACUCUUUCUUCGGCAUUAACCUUAGUGGAGAUGGUCACAGUGUUAUCACUUAUUCCCAACUUGCGAACUGGGGGCGGUGCCAUUCCUGGGAUAAUUUCUCAGUUUCACCUUUCACAGCUGGGGCUCAAGUGUACAAUUUCGACACAAAUCCAUGUGACUACUUCCAGACCGGCAAAAUUAAGGCCAUGACUCUCUCCCUCUCUUCUUUGGCGUUGUACCUCUCAAGCCUGAACGAGUGGUUGUUGGUAUUGGCUGUUACUCUCCCGGUGAUUUUAAUUGAUGAGAUUCUCAAGUUUGUGGGUAGGUGUACGAGUGGAUUUCGAUAUUCAGGUGCAAGGAAACCGUCUAAGCACAAGGCCGAGUGA